GUAACCCCUGGAGUAUCAUUGAAGUGAGAGUAACCCCUGGAGUAUCAUUGAAGUGAGAGUAGCCACUUGAGUAUCCUCAUCAAAGAUGGAAGGAAACUUAACUAUGACAACCGGGUAUUCCAGUACCAUCACAACUACAGAUGACAUUAUGACAACAUGGAGUGCCGUCAGUACCACUUCAAAACCUGGUAAGGAUCUGCCAGUACUUCCGGUAGUAAUGAUGCUCUUGUUUGGCGGAACCGGAAAUAUUCUAGCAUUGAUUCUUUUAAUCUACACGUCACGGAAACACAAAUGGCGGACGUUCUACCGGCUGGUGAUGGCCCUAGCAGUUUCUGACUUUGUAGGUCUCGUCGGUCCACUUCCGGUCUCCAUUUCUGCUUACGUCAAUAACAAAAACUGGAUGGGAGGGCAACCAGUGUGUGACUUUAUGUCUUUUUCUUUCAUAUUUGCUGGAAUGACGUCGGCUAUGCUAGCCGCCGCAAUGUCUCUGGACCGUUUCCUUGCUGUGUGGUUUCCAUUUUUCUACUCCAAUAGGUUAAGUGAACGUCGGGGGAACCUCACGAUGGUGGGGAUAUUCACUUUUGCCUUCCUAUUGGCUUGUAUGCCAUUAAUGGGUGUAAACGGGAACGUUCACCAGUUUCCGGGAACUUGGUGUUUCUUUAAUCAGUUUGCCAUAGAGGCCGGAGGUCAGUUUUUCUCCUAUUUAUACGCCUGUCUUGGGAUUGGUAUGGUCGGAAUAAUGCUGGUCUUGAACACGCUGGUCAUUGUGGUACUGACCAGACGGAGGGGCCUGAGAAGUAACAAGGAAGCUGGUGGAGUGACCUCGCAGACUCGCCGGACCAGUGACGUGUACAACGUUAUAUUCCUGGUGGUUCUCAUGUUGGUCUUCACUAUCUGCUGGCUGCCAUUAAUGGUACGGAUAAUAAUCAACCAAUCAGCGCUUGGCCAUAUUGACCGUGUAGGUGAUCUGAUGGUCAUGAGACUUGCCCUGACAAACCAAAUUCUUGACCCAUGGAUCUACAUUAUCCUGCGGAAGGAUUCCAUAGCUAAGGCUGUAACACUCGGAAAACGUUUUUUUAAUACAGGAAGUUUCCUACGACGGAAGUCUACAGAUGAGAGUACUCCAAGCGGACAGGGCAGAACCUGCUCGAGUACGGCUGGGGAUCGAACCUCGGAUUCGGAAGCGUAAAUGAUCAGAGCCUUAGUACAUAUGUACAUGCGCAGUGUGAUCAAGAAGGACGCGGCGCAGUUUAAGGAAACUCUCCUGUACAAUGUAUCGCAUCUUUUGUAGUGUAACACGUAUUUGAGGUCAAAAUACUAAUUCAAAUGUAUUCUUAAAUAUAUUCAUGGGAGAAACAUAGCAAUAAUAGGUAUAGUCCCUGAUCUAAACGUAAUAAUAAACAAUGAUAUUACGCCUUCGUGUAGAGCAGAGACGAAUACGCGCACUAAUGCCCUCUGCAUCCCUGGAAGAUGUGAUAGCACGCGGCUCGCUAUUUCAUAGGUCUCAGUUAAAAAAAAAAAGACCAAUCGAUAGACUAUGUACAUGUACUUUGAAGAUAACAAAGGAGCGAAACCCGAC